GGAUAUCUAUGGCUUCUAGGUGAACAACGAUAAGCAAAACGAAGAACAAGAAGAAGAAGAAGAAGAAGAUAUCAUGGCGCUCAGCAUGUGGGCUUCUUCAACUGCCAAUGCACUAAGAGUUUCAUCUGCUUCCAGGGUUCAUCUUUCUCCUGCCUUUUCUCUUUCAAAGUGUUUCUCAACUGUUUUGGAUGGAUUGAAGUAUGCAUCUUCACAUGAAUGGGUGAAGCAUGAAGGAGAUGUGGCUACAAUUGGUAUAACUGAUCAUGCUCAGGACCAUCUAGGAGAAGUGGUGUUUGUAGACCUGCCUGAGCCAGGUGGUGCGGCGAAGCAAGGUAGCGGGUUUGGGGCAGUUGAGAGUGUAAAAGCAACUAGUGAUAUAAACUCACCCAUAUCCGGUGAGAUUGUGGAGGUCAACACAAAGCUUACCGAAUCACCCGGUUUGGUGAACUCAAGUCCAUAUGAAGAUGGAUGGAUGAUAAAGGUGAAGCCAUCUAAUCCAUCAGAAUUAGAAUCAUUGUUGGGUUCUAAAGAAUACACCAAAUUCUGUGAAGAAGAAGAUGCCUCCCACUAGCAAAAAUUAAAUGAUAAUCUUCUUUCUUUCACUCUUUUCAUUUGAAGUGACCAAAUUGUUUCUACUGUUUUAUCAAGAUUUGUAAUACUUGGUUCUUGUUGGUUACUCAAAUAAAGAAAUCUUAACAUAAUGUUGGGAACUCAAAUUCCCCCUUCCA